CCUGCUGCUGCAAGACGAGCAUUGAGAGGUCCGAGUGGACUCCGCUCUGUCUCGGAUUGCCCCGGAAUCCAUCCUCUCUCUGGCAUAAGAUAAUAUUAUUAUAACCUUUAUUUUUAAUGGAAGAUGAUUGAAUGUGAAAACCUAAACCAAGAAGAAAUAAUUAAAGAACUGUGUUUAUGCAAUGGUUUAUCUUAUGAGAUGGUUGGAGAACGAGGAUCAGAUACUUCCAAACUGGAGAUGUUUUUCUCAGGGUAUCCCUGUAUUGUUGGAUUAUCAUUAUUUCCUAAUUUAACAAGUCUCACAAUUGUUGCUCAAGAUAUAAAAGAAAUUUCAGGGUUAGAGACUUGUUUACAACUCAAAGAACUUUGGAUUGCCGAAUGCUGCCUAGAGAAAAUUGGAGGUCUUCAAGAAUGUAGAAAUUUAGAAAAACUGUAUUUAUAUUAUAAUAAAAUUUCCAAAAUAGAAAAUUUAGAGAAAUUAUUUAGAUUGGAAGUUCUUUGGCUGAACCACAAUACAAUUAAAAAUAUUGAGGGCUUGCAAACUUUGAAGAAUUUAAAUGAUCUCAACCUUGCUGGGAAUCUAAUAAGCAGCAUUGGUCGUUCUCUUGAUCCCAAUGAACAACUGGAAAGAUUAAACCUUUCUGGUAACCAAAUAUGUUCUUUCAAGGACCUCACUAACUUAACCAGACUUCAUCACUUAAAGGAUUUAUGUCUGAAUGAUCCUCAAUAUAAAACCAAUCCAGUUUGUAUGCUGUGUAAUUAUUCCACACACGUGUUGUAUCACUUACCUUGCCUUCAAAGACUUGACACGCUUGAUGUGUCAGCAAAGCAAAUCAAGGAACUGGCAGAUACAACAGCAAUGAAAAAAAUAAUGUAUUACAAUAUGCGUAUAAAAACUGUUCAGAGACAUCUUAAUGAAGACCUUGAAAAACUGAAAGAUCGAAAAUGUAAAUUACAGAAGUUGCCAGAAGAACGAAUAAAAUUAUUCAGCUUUGUGAGAAAAAAUUUGGAACGGGAACUGGCUGAACUCAAGGGAUCUGGCAAAGGGCACAAUGAUAGAUCCAAUAGCAGUAAAGUAACUGAGCUUGAAAAAUCAAAGAACUGUGAAAGUGUCACAGAAGAACCAAGUCUUCAACAGAAGCUAUUGACCAAACUAAAUGCCUUGAAUGAAAGGGUAACAUUCUGGAACAAAAAAUUAGAUGAAAUUGAAGCAAUUUAUCGUGUUGAAGUAAAGCAAAAGAAGAAAAGUCAUGGUUUACUGAUACCAUUUUUGUUAAUUGAGUUGGAGACUGUAGGAAAUAUCCACUUUGAAGAAGGCACUCGAUCUGAUGACUGGUUUAAUUCCUGCUGUGAGUUAAUUAUAUCACGUUUUUGUACCUGGGACUUCAGAACAUAUGGUAUUACAGGUGUGACAGUAAAACGUGUCAUCAAAGUUAACAACCGUAUUCUGAGACUAAAAUUUGAAGAGAAAUUCCAGAAGUUUUUGGACAAUGAAGAUAUACAUGAUUCAGAGAGCUAUCGAAAGAUGCUGGAAUGCCUUUUUUAUGUUUUUGAUCCUGAAGUUACAGUGAAGAAAAAACAUCUGCUACAAAUACUUGAAAAAGGAUUCAAAGACAGUGCAACAAACAAGCUGCCUCUCAGAAAAGAAGCUGUUAUUCUUGCUAACAGCCUAAGUAUGUGUGAGUGUCCCAGAAUUGAAUUUCUACAGCAAAAGUACAAGGAUGAGAAGAAAAACUCUCUUGAACACGAGCUCUUCAGACAUGGCAUCCUCCUCAUUACAAAGGUUUUCCUUGGCCAGAGUGUUGAGGCUCACGAAGAGGACUCCAUCAGUCGAGCUAACUAUCCAAUGGUUAAUUCAGUGUUCAUUCCUCAAAAAUAUUUACUAAAUUCCAUCAUGGGACAAAGAAACUGUGACUGUAGCUUUCGGCAGUGCAAGUGGUUUGUCUUUGAUCAUGACCUUGUUUUGCCAGAAUACAUCGUGGAAUUUGAGUAUAUUACAGUGGUCAAGGCUCACUCUUUAUUUUCUUCAUUCAACAAUGUUAUUCUAGAAGAAAGCAAAAAAAAUUCAGAAGGAUCAGUAUUUUCCCAGGAUUUGCAAUUUGAUGAUCAAGUUAUAAAAAUGGAUCCCAGGAUCAAGCCCAGACAAAAACUGACUACUUUGGAUGAUAAAACGAUACUUUCCCUUACAAAGACUAACAUUUAUAGUCAUAUUGUGAGUCUGAAUCUACAUGGAAACAGCCUAAGUAAAUUGAGAGAUCUCUCUAAGUUAACUGGACUUCGGAAACUUAAUAUCAGCUUUAACGAAUUUACUUGUUUAGAUGAUGUAUACCACUUGUAUAACCUUGAAUAUUUGGAUGCAAGCCAUAACCAUGUGAUAACCCUGGAGGGGUUUAGAGGACCGAUGAAACUGAAGCACUUAGACUUGAGCUGGAAUCAACUGAAAAAAUCUGGCGAUGAAAUAAAUAUGUUAUGCAAACACACCACGAGCCUUCUCACUCUUGAUAUUCGACAUAAUCCAUGGCAAAAGCCAGCCACAUUAAGGCUGAGUGUUAUUGGCAGAUUAAGGACUCUCACUCAUUUAGAUGGACUCCUCAUUUCUGAAGAAGAAGCAACAGCAGCCAUGAAAUUUAUUACUGGAACAAAGAUUACUCAGUUAUCUCUCUUACAGCAUUCUAGUGCUAAAGAGGAGAGACCACGAAUACUCAGUAUAUGGCCUUCUGCCAAAAUUCUGACACAGAGUUCAAAGUUAGGACCACAUUCACGUCUGAGUGGAAACUGGUACUUGAAGAUAACUGCCUUAAAUUUAGAUGGGCAACAUCUCUUUGAAAUCACAAACUUAGAAAAAUUAGAAAAUUUGAAGUGGGCAUCAUUCAGCAACAAUAAUCUCACUAAAAUAGAAGGCCUGGAAUCCUGUGUUAACUUGGAAGAGCUCACAUUAGAUGGAAACUGCAUCUCAAAGCUAGAAGGUAUUUCCAAGCUAACUAAAUUAACCCGCCUCAGCAUAAAUAAUAAUCUUCUCACUGGUUUGGAAAAGCAUACGUUUGAUAACAUGCUUCAUCUUCACUCCCUUUCUCUUGAGAACAACAGAAUCACUUCACUGAGUGGUUUACAGAAAGCUUUCACUCUGAUUGAAUUGUACAUAAGCAACAACUAUAUUGCCCUCAAUCAGGAGAUCUACAAUUUAAAGGGUUUAUGCAACCUGGUCAUUUUAGACAUGUAUGGAAACAUUAUUGUAUGGAAUCAAGAAAAUUACCGGUUCUUUGUAAUAUUUCACCUUCCAGAACUUAAAGCUUUGGAUGGAAUCUCAAUCGAAUCACCAGAGACUGAGUGUGCAAAAGAUUUGUUUGGUGGCAGACUUACUUCUGACAUGAUUGCAGAACGACAAGGACAUUCAAACUUCACCCAAAUGCAAGAACUAAAUUGGACUUCAUCAUCCAUCAGAACUGUGGAUUUGAUUCCAGUUGACCAAUUUAGAAAUGUGUCUAGUGUGAAUCUACAGAACAAUAAUCUUACUUCAUUCAGUGGAUUAAUCUAUCUGCCUAAUGUGAAGGUCUUAUGCCUCAACUAUAAUCAUAUUGAAUCCAUCAUGCCCAGACUGAAGCCGCAGACGCACCUGACCAGCAGACAGCUGCUCCACCAGAAGGUGUCUUCAAGCGGCUACGGACAGCAAGGAGCUGCAAAAAUAAACAGAGAUACAAUGAGCAGUGAAAAUUUGCCUCCAAUAAUGCACAGUUUAGAAGUUCUUCAUUUGGGCUACAAUGGAAUUUGUAAUUUAAUUCAGCUACAACUUAACAGACUAAGAAAUUUAAAAUUCCUCUUUCUACAGGGGAAUGAAAUCAGUCAAGUGGAAGGGCUUGACAACUUAGCAGUCCUUCAGGAAUUGGUAGUGGACCAUAACCGCAUCAGAGCAUUUAAUGACAGUGCCUUUGCCAAACCAAGCUCUCUGUUGGCACUUCACCUGGAGGAAAACAGACUACGAGAGCUGAGCAAAUUACAGCCUUUGGUAAAACUGGAGAAGCUCUUCCUCGGAUAUAAUAAAAUCCAGGAUAUGGCAGAACUGGAAAAACUUGAUGGUAUCUCUUCUCUCAGAGAGCUUACAGUUUAUGGCAAUCCGAUUUGUAGAAAAAUGCUACAUCGCCACGUGCUCAUAUUUCGACUGCCUAACUUACAGAUGUUAGAUGGAAUUCCUGUGAAUUCAGAUGACAGGGCAAAAGCUGAAUUUCACUUCUCUGAACUACAAGCAAAGAAAAAUUCGUUUAUUCCUGUUACCAACUCUCCUGUGGAUGGUGGAUCAUUUGGCCAAGUGAAAGCUCCUCCAAUAAAGAUAACAAAUGUAAUUCUUCCUGGUGGAUUUAGCCAUUACUUGCGAUCUGACUUCACUUUUACUCCUGAAAUUGAAGACAAAAAAAACAAGAAUGCAGGGAUUCUGACAAAUAAUCCUGGGAGCAUCCAUGCAGAAAUAGCUUUUCGGCAGCUCAGAGGGAUAAAUCUCUCUCCAUCUCUUUUAUCACGUCAGAAUGUGGCAUCUGCAGCUUCACAAAUGUACCAGAGCAACCAAGACGAGGGAAGAAUUCCUGGCAGCCACUUUCCAAGAUCAAAUCGAAUGUAACUGCCUAAAGAGAAAUGAACACACACCAAGAAACCUAUUUCUGUUUAGUAGUUGUGCAAAAAUUAGCAGACAGUGUUGGUGAAAAAAAAAUAAGAUAAUCAAGUUACUUAUGUUACUAAAGCACUUCAGUUCCAUGUGACUAUAAUCUCCAUCACCCUGGUGAAUUUUGUUUAAAAUCACCUCUCUUAAACUUUCUUUAUGGUUAUCAUAAUUAUUUGUUUGGAUUUCUGUAUUAGAAAAAUCAUAAACUAUUAUAUCAUAUAACAAUUUGAAAAGAUACAAGUGACAUAAAUUUCAAAGAAUUAAAUAUUUAGUUCUGGUAUUGGAAGCAUUUAGUUGCAAAAUCUCCUUAUGGCCUGUCACAUGAAGAUACUUAGAAAAGGUAAUUUUCGGAAAUAACAUACUUUCAUUUGUAGAUUAUCUGUUCGUUUGGCGUUCCCUAAAGCUAAAGCGUACAUUUCUUACCAAAUACAGGUAUUACUAGAGCAAGUUGAGUUUUGCUAGUUGAACUACAGAAUAGUGUUCUAGGACGGUACUUUGAAAAAAAUACCUUCAAACUAGGUCUCCCCUAAGAAUUGUUCAGAGAUGCAAGUCAUUGGCAUCAAUAGUGCUUCCUGAAGGGGCUCACCGCGCCUGCAAGCAGUCACUCACGCUCUGAGAACAGAAGAGCACUGUCAUACAGAAAACUCACUAAUUGUGCCCAUAGUGAGAUCAUUUUGCAGACAGUUUUAGGCUAAAAAGAACACAUGUUCAAACUGAAAAGAAAACAUGUUCAAAUGGGUGGACAUAUUUAAAAUUUGGACCCUUAAUAAUUAUAUUUCACUGCAAAUAAUUUUCCUAAAAUAUUACAUUGUCUGGUACUAGGACAUAUCACAAAUCAGUCAAAUAUGGUUUUCAAUCUGCUUGUUCAUUUAUUAAACACAGUUCUUUAAAUUAAUGACUAAAUUGCCAAUCAUAUUUUGACAAAAAUGGGCUCUAUGAUUCAUGAAGUAUUGUAUUUAAAUUUUUCAAGUAUUGGUUCAACACUGCAUGUAGUUUUCAUACUAUUUUAUAUAUUCCUUACAUGAAAAUAAAUUAUUUUUACUAAAAUAUUUGUAUUUUAUAAUCUAUCUGGAAAUAGUUUUAAAUACAUUUUGGAAACUAUCUAAUUCCAAUGUGUAUGCAACAAUUUGUAUCUUUUCUUCUUUAAAUGCUGUAUAUUUGUAAUUUAAUCAUGUAAUAUUUAAAAUUUCAAACCUAAUGCACAUUGAUUUUACACUUCUUAAUGUGUGGUUUUUAAACAACUAUUACUUUUAGAUGGAAAUAGUUAAAAAACAACUAUGCAGUUCUUAAGAUGUCCAGAAGAUGUCUUUGUUGCCCUUUAGUUUUGACAACUGCUUUCAUUACAGUGUUGUAAGGGUCUGCUCUUCACUAUCUAUUACUAACUUGGCAUCAUCUAAUUUUUUCU